AUGUCCGCCUCAGGCCAGAAUAAGAUCGAGAAGAAGCCCGUCAAGUUUAGCAAUUUGCUACUUGGCGCUGGCCUGAACCUGUUUGAGGUUACAACCCUCGGCCAGCCGUUGGAAGUCAUCAAGACUACAAUGGCUGCUAACCGGUCAGAUACCUUUGCCGGUGCCAUGGGUCGUAUCUGGGGUCGUGGUGGCAUCCUUGGAUACUACCAAGGUCUCAUUCCCUGGGCCUGGAUCGAGGCCUCUACCAAAGGUGCCGUCCUUCUCUUCGUGGCUUCCGAAGCAGAGUACUAUGCCAAAACUUUCGGCGCCAAUGACUUCAUCGGUGGAAUCAGUGGUGGUAUGGCUGGUGGUGUUGCCCAGGCCUACGCUACCAUGGGUUUCUGCACAUGCAUGAAGACUGUCGAAAUCACCAAGUCCAAGAUGGCUGCUGCAGGCGUCAAGCCCCCAAGCACCUUCGCUACUUUCAUGGACAUCUACCGCCGUGAAGGUAUCCGUGGAAUCAACAAGGGCGUCAACGCCGUCGCCAUUCGACAGACUACAAACUGGGGUUCUCGAUUUGGUCUCUCCCGUCUUGCUGAAAUCGGGAUCAGAAAGGUCUCUGGAAAGGAGGACGGUCAGAAGCUCAACAGUUUUGAAAAGAUCGCUGCUAGUACCAUCGGUGGUGGCUUGUCGGCCUGGAACCAGCCUAUUGAGGUCAUCCGUGUCGAGAUGCAGAGCAAGACUGUUGACCCGAACCGUCCAAAGAAUUUGACUGUCGGCAAGGCCUUCAGCUACAUAUAUAGCCAGAACGGCAUCAAGGGUCUUUACAGGGGUGUCACUCCUCGUAUUGGUCUUGGUAUCUGGCAGACUGUCUGCAUGGUUGCUCUUGGAGACAUGGCCAAGGAAGCUGUUGAGAAACUAACUGGAGAAAAGGUCACUGCCAAACAUUAA